GAGAAGAUGUUGCGCUGUGUGGAGUUGGAUGCAAACGAGAAAUCACUGUCAGGCGCUCUAAACGGGAAUAAACAUAAUUUUAUUUAAAUAACGACGAUUUCUUUAUCUCAUGUGGACAGUUUAAAGAAGUUAAGAUGCAUACAACUCGCAGUCCGUCCGCAUCCAUCCAGGCAGGAACGGUUGGGGACCUUUAGGACCUCAGUUUGACCGGUUCUCAGCUCACGAUGGGCCGCAGACCCAGCAGUGCUUCUCCAGGAAAGCACUUUUCCCGGUCCAUAUCUGUAUCCGUGGCCAGUGACGGCCGGGGGAAACGAAACACUUUGACUGAUGGAGGAUUGGGGAGUUCACGAGGAAUUAAGAACCUGCGCCGGUCCAAUAGCACCACACAGGUGAACCAGCAGGCCAACACAAGCCUCAGCGAUGGCCACACAGAAGACUUCCUGGCUCUGUUCAACAGCAGCACUGAUGGACGCAGGAAACUGGCCAGUCUCUCCAAGACGUCCAAAGACCAAACCACCUGGAACAUCCUGGAUGAACAGCCGAGGGCGUUUCCUGUACCCAGCAGCUCUCACAGUACCUGCAGCAUGGAUUCUCCUACAGGACUGAAGAAGAGGGAGGCUGGAGUCUUUCUGGCUGCCAACUUCACUGCCAACAACAGGAGCAAUAAAGCCGCUGUGGGGAACUCCGUGACCACCAUUCUCCAUAACAACCACUCAGAGAAGCCCCUCACUCCCAAGAGCUCCAAUCAGAAACCAUCGUUUAAUAACAUCAUCAAAGCCACAGUGAAUGACGAUGGGUCUGCAGAUGUAGCCGGUUCUCUCACUAAGUCUCAGAAGAACUUCUCGGCAUCCUCAGGCUCCAACAACAACAGCCCCCGAAGCCCAGGUCAACCCCGUAGACGAGAGGUGACCGAGGAAGAGGCAGAGAGGUUUAUUCAGCAGGUGAAUCAUGCAGCUGUUACUAUCCAGCGUUGGUUUCGUCGCCAUGCCAACAGAAAGAGAGCCAAUGAAAAUGCUCUCAAGCAAGUUCUAGCAUCCGAAAAGAAGGAGAGGGGAAAGAGAGCAGAUGAGAAAACCUCUGAAUCAAUAAAGAAGAAAGAAGAUGAUAGAAAACGCAUCAGAGAGGAGAAAGCCCGUCUGGCCCGACUUACUGCUAUACAGGAGCUUCAGCAGAAAAGAGCUCAACGGGCAGCAGAGGUCCACCAGAUAGCAGAGGAGGAGCUGGAGGCACUAAGACAGGGAAAAACAGGCCGUAAAACACUUUCCAAGAGUUCACCAACUUCUCCCAUUGAUAUUAAAACUAAAAACACAGACUCUAAUGUGAAUGUGGUUUCUGAUCUGGAAGAUGUGACUAAUCUGAGGGCCGUGUCACCUGUUGGUUCUCUGUGCAGAAGUUCUCAGUGUUCCCAGGAGAUCCUGCAGAGGUCUGUAAGCAUGGAGGACCAGCGGCAGGGGGUGCCAUCGAGUAGGGCUCAAUCAAAAACCACCCUAAAUGAUUUGCUGGACACACUGAAACUCUUAGAAGAGGAGCCGGAGAGACUGUCAGAUCCCAAAAGCUGCAGAAAGGACAAGUACUCUUGGAUUGAUGAGGAUGGAGACUCCAACUCCCUGACCACCGAUAACGUGGAACGACACAGGCAGUUGAGUCAGGCUCCUGUCCUACCAGAUGGGGGUGCCCUGCUGUCUGAAGCCAAACUGCAAAGCAUUAUGAGCUUCCUGGAUGAGAUGGAGAAAUCUGAGCAGGAGAGACCACGCUCAGUCACCUCCGGAUCACACCGAGAGGUGGUUUUGUCAGAGGAGGAUCUAGCAGUUGUCGAACAAGCAUCAGCCACGGCGGCUGAGGUUACAGGAUCCAUGAUGAGACUCAAACUGGAGCUGGAAGAAAAGAAGCGCACCAUUAAUAUGCUUCAGACGGCGCUGGCCCAGCAGAGGGAGCUGACGAUCCGUCACGUAAAGGAAACAGAAAAAGAGCUCAAUCAUAACUUUCAGCAGCACAAACAGCAGUAUGAAGCCACAAUACAAAGACACCUGACGUUUAUAGACCAGCUGAUUGAUGAUAAAAAGGCCCUGAGUGAACGCUGCGAGGAGGUGGUUGGAGAACUCAAGCAGGUGGAUCAGAAGUACACUAAGAAGAUAGCUCAGAUGCAGGAACAACAUGAACUGGUGUGGCAAAUUCUGGGUCCCAUGUGUGAGGAGAUUAAGAAGCUGAAAGAGUUAAUGAGUGCCACGGAAAAGAUCCGCAGGGAGAAAUGGAUCGAUGAGAAGACCAAAAAGAUCAAGGAGAUUACAGUAAAAGGUCUGGAGCCAGAAAUCCAGAAGCUGAUCUCUAAACACAAGCAGGAGCUGAAAAAACUCAAAGCUCUUCACGAGGCUGACCUGCUCCAGGCGGACGAGAGGGCCGCUCAACGCUACGUCAGGCAGACUGAGGAACUGCGACAGCAGCUGGAGCGAGAGAGAGAUGAACAGUGUCAGAGAGAGAGAGAACUGGCCAAGCAGAGGUUUGAGAAGCAGCUGCAGGAGGAAGAGAACGUUUUGCAGCAGCAGAGGAGACGUCUCUACAAGGAGGUUUCAGAGGAGAAAGAACGACUCGCACAGCUGGCAGCCAGGCAGCGUGCUGAACUCGAGGACUUGAGGAAGCAGCUUGAAGACAACAGUUCUCUGGCAGGAAAAGCACUCAGAGAGGAGCUGGAGAAGAGCCGAGAAGAACAGGAGAGACGACACCAGGUUGAAAUAAAAGCCUUGAAGGAAAGACUUGAGAUUGAGAAACAGACGUGGGAAGAAAAUUACAUGAAGAAAGAGGAAGCAUGGCUGUUGAGCAGAGAGAGAGAGCUGAAAGAAGAAGUGCGCCGAGGGAGAGACAAAGAGAUCGAGCUGGCCAUCCAGAGGUUGGAGGAGGAAACCAGAGCGGCGAGAGAGGAGUGCGAGAGAGCGUCUGACAACCGGAUAAAGCGCGUGAGGGAGAAAUACGAAGCCGAGCUCAGAGAUCUGGAGCGUUCGGAGCGGGCGGCACUGCAGAAACAGCAGGAGAUGCGAGAGAAAGGGAGCGAGAUGGAGGCAGAGCUUCUCCGUCUGCAGUCGCUCUUACGACAGAAAGAACAGGAGAUUAGUGACCUCUCCCAGGCACGUGACAAGUUGUCAGAGGAGCGUCGCAGCCUGGCGGAAGUGAUAAGGCAGGAAUUUGCUGAACGGUUGGUAGAGACAGAAGAAGAGAACAAGAGGAUGAAAAUCGAGGUGUCGGAGGCCAAGGCACGACUCCGAUUAGAGGUGGAACGAGUAAGUCGAGAGAAAGAGGAGGAGCUUGCGGAAGUGCAUCAAAGAGUGAAGUCGGCUAUUCUGAAGAAAGAGGAGACUGUGAAUAACCUGAGGAAACAGCACGAGGCUGCGUUGAAGAGAGCAGAUCAUCUUGAAGCUUUGUUGGAACAGCAACGAAAACAGCUCUUGGGGAAAUGAUUGACAAGUUGGGGCAUUGGGCCCUCCCACCAACCCAACCCUUGUGUGAUGCCGUCCCCUGCACAACAAAAUAUUCUCAUCCUCUAUUGUUUUGUCUGGUUUCUUUUGUUUGGGUAAACUGAGGAAUGAAAGACCAUCCCGUCAAACCAUCCAUGACAUGUGAAAUUCCCAUGGGAGCAGGACCAAAAAUAAGAGACAAAUUUCAUUUUUAUGUUGCCUUGUUUUUGUGUGUCUCUCUUGCUUGCACGGGUUUGACCAAAUUGCAGACUCCACCCAACCCCUGGCAUCAGGCACAGAUAAAUAAAUGAGCAAAUGCAAGCGGGAUGAUGUCACUAAACUUUAAGAACAUGUUCGCUUUAUAUUUCACCUCGAAAUCAAAAGAAUAAAAUAGGAAUUACAUUUUUAUAGGGAAUAUUAUCCUGUAUAUUAAGAAUAUAUAUUUCAAUUUUUUUUACUAUUUAUAUGCCUUGGUAGUGCUGGUGCACUGGUUUUAACUUAUAAAAACAUGAUUUUAAUUUAUUAAACAUGAACAGUUUUGUAAAUUUGGUUACAGUAAUUUGUUACUGUUGUACACUAGAAAUUUACUGUAUUACAGUAAUAAUAAUCCUGUGAUAAUAAUCUUAAAAAUAUUCAAAGGGUAUGCUAAUUGGGCUUAAAAAAAGCUUCAUUUUCUUUGUGCAAAUUUUUUUUUUUCUUUUGACUUUUAGGGUGAAAUAUUUUGGCACUUGUUUUGGUGAGAUCCAACCAAGAUGUUAGCUGCUCACAGUGGCAUUCACUAGAAUCUUUUUUCCAGAUGUCCCCCCGCUCUCCAGUUUGGGAAAUGUCAGAGUUUACAGUAGACACGAAUAGACAAAUUUGUAACCCUCAACAUUAAAGUAAACCCCCACCACCACUAUCAGCACACGACUACACGGCCACACUUCCCUUUUUUCUGCUGCAUACAGACGCCUCUUGUCCCGAAGCUUCUCAGGGCUAUCUGUAAAUUACAGGAGAUGUCCCAGAAGUCCCCAGGCCACCAAACAUGCUCGCACACAGCCCUUAGUGAAGCCCAACUGUUCAUCAAACGUCAGGUAAAGAUGGAAGCACAGAGGUUUCAGAAAGUUUCUGACAGGAGAGAAGAAAAGUAUGAAGUGGGUUUUUUUGUAGAUUGACAUUAGAAAAGCUCUCGUAUAUACAUGGCAUGCUGCUGUUUUGCGAUGAGUUGUGAUUGAGGUUCAGUUGAGAUGGACAUAGAAAGUUGGAUAGAGAUUGAAAAUGAGACAAUUCAAAGUAGAAAAGAUUGACGGUGUUUGUAUAGGUGAUGGCUGGGCUGGACCAUAACUGAUGUUGACGAAGUAGGACACGUGCCUUGAUCAACAUCCUUGUUGGCCCCCGGUAGAACAAUGGUUAAGCUUAGGGUUGGGUUUUGAAUUAUGUUUUUAUCAACUCAUCAUUUACACAGAUUCCUCUAUUGCUGCCAACUACUGAACCCAGGAAUGACUUUGUUUCCUUAAACAAACUGGAGCAACAUUCCUAACAAAAAGCAAAGCAUGCAUGUUUGGUGACCUGGCGGAGACGUAGCAUAAAUUGUACUGAAAGCCCUCUCUCUCUCUCCUUCUGCAAUGUAUUCCAAACGUCCUGCCCAAGAGAGGAGCCACCGGGACAAAUGCAGUAUAGCAGGAGUUUGGGUGGGUGGGACUUCAAAACUCUCACUGGUCUUCUUUGUUUUUUUGUUGGGAAGUCCUUAUCUUUAUUUUUUGUAACAUGACAUUGUUUUAAUAAGGAUGUACAUCAGAAAAACGAAACAUUAGUGCAGUGCAACAAACUGCAGACAUGAAAUGGAAGACACUAGCAUCACCAAACAAAUUCGGGAAUCUGUUGUUUACCGUUGUGAAUCUGGUAGAUUCACAACAUUGACGGUGCAAGUUUACAACCGAUUGCAAUUUCGUUUGUUGUUGCCAGUGGCGCAGAAACUACAUCCCGUAAGCUUUCUAAGCUUCCUGUUAUUUUAUAUUCGAGUGAAUGAUAGGCAGGGAAUGUAACCGUUGUUAUCUUGGUUGUAUACCGUUGUUAUGUGAGGAGAAAGUGCCUCGUUGUUGUUUGAGGGUUUCCUAGAGACAAACAGAUCAAGUGUGUCAUUUCAGUGUGGUGAAGCCUGUGAACGCUCAACAAGCUUGCUGUUUAAAAUGCCACAAGAGACCAAUUUCACUACAGCAAGCUAUCAUGUGGCCCAGGCACACAUACAAGCAUCAUUUCAUGACUCAUUUGCCGAUAUCACACUUCAAUGUAAGCAUGUGCAUCCGAGGUCAGUUGGAUGCAUUUUAUUAGAACCUAAGUGUGAGGUUUUAUGUUAAAGACAUUCUGAGAAUGUUUCCGAUACGUUGCGUGAGGGUUAAAAGUGAAUUUUGGCAGCAGAUGCAGGUCCUUGGCUGUCUUUUCCCUCCGUCGGUUGGCAUGGCUGGUGCGUGUCAGUCCCACUCGUGCCAAUGAACCCUUCUUUUGUGUGUAUGUGUGUGUGUGUGGUGUUUAAGAGCCAAGCGCCGGUCGCCAUUUUAUUCUGGUGUUUCGUAACUUUGAACUGAAAACACUACUUAUUAUCAUCUUAUAUUCAAUUAGUUGGGGAAUUGUUUUCCCCUGAGAUGACUCUUAUAAGUUUUUGUGUUUUGUUUGUUUUUGCAUGUGUUGUUGUUUUUAAGUUAAAUGUGCUCUUAAACGUAGCUCUUAAUAUGACCUUUUUUACCCACUUCCUGUAUUUUGUUCGUCAGGAUUAAUAGCUGUGUUUUCCCGCAGUGAAGAAAAGAACCUUUGAUUGUCAUUAAGAAAAUAAAUCUUUAA